GGUCAUUCAUAGUUCGAUAGUAUUCCUCAGUGUUUAAUUCAACGAAUUUAUAGUGAUUAUUAAAAAUAGAUAAUUCUAUUUGAUUAUUUUGAAUUUGUGAGGUUGGUAAUUAUGUCAGAAUUAAUAAUAACGCAUUAAAAAAAUUCAUUAUUGAAAAGUCGAAUUAAUACAUUGAUUUUACAACCUAACCUCUAUUCCGGUAUACUUUAUUUACCAAAGAGGAAAAUAAAAGAUAAGUAUUAUAAAAAGUAUAAGACGUCAUACGCAAGAAGAAACAAAUAAUAAUACUAAUAAUAAAUAAAAAGGAAACAUUGAAGAAUAAAUCAAUUACAAUGGAUACGGAAAAACAGAAAGAUGAAAUUACUGCUUUAGAAAGUAUUUACAAUGAAGAAGAAUUUUCUUAUAACAACGAGGAUAAACUUUAUCAAUGUAAUUUCAAGAUAUUUAUAACAUUACCAGAAGGAUAUUAUUUUACGUAUAAAGAUAAUAGAUAUCCAGAAGAGUCGACAGAGAAAGUACAAAUAUCACAUUUACCACCAUUAUCAUUGUAUGUUACAUUACCAGAAGAUUAUCCUUCAACUUCACCGCCAAUGUUUUCCUUGUCUUCAGUUUGGUUAUGUUAUGCAUCGCUUGCUAAAUUGUGCACAAAGUUAGAUAAUUUAUGGGAAGAGAAUAAAGGCCAAGAAAUAUUGUAUUUAUGGGUUGCAUUUUUACAGUACGAAACCUUACAAUAUUUAAAUAUAAAAGAAUCUAUCAGCAUGAACACUGUUUAUACGUCUUAUAAAAUAACUUUGGAUAAAGUGCAGAAUUUUGAUAGAAGCAUUGAAGAAUCAAGUAAACACGUGGAUGAGAAAGAAGCAAAAGAAACUACUGCUAAAGAUUUGAAUAACAGCAAUAGAAGUAGUUGUAGUUAUAAAACUAAUAAAAAGGAAUUUCAAAGGCAACGUUUCAAAGGAAUAGAAAAUAGAAGAAUAGAUAAAAGGGCUUUCUCCGAUUGUCCCUAUGGAAAGAAUCCAAUACAAGUGUUAAUAGAUUAUAAUGAGAAACGUAAUCAAAUUGAAUUCAAUAAAAGUAUGUAUACUUGUAAUAUUUGUUUUACAGAUAAAUUAGGAGAACAUUGUUUCCAAUUUUUACCAUGUUCUCAUAUAUUUUGUAAAAGUUGCAUCACCGGUUAUGUAGAAGUCAAAAUUAAAGAUGGUGAUGUACAAGAUAUUUCUUGUCCCGAACCAAAAUGUACUUCCGAAGCAACACCUGGACAAAUUAAAGAUUUGGUUAGUCCAGAAUUGUUUGCCAAAUAUGAUUCUAUAUUGUUAAAUGUUACGUUGGAUACUAUGACAGACAUAGUUUAUUGUCCAAGACGUCAUUGUCAAUAUCCAGUUAGUCGAGAUCCUAAUGAACAAAUGGCAAACUGUCCUGUUUGUCAAUAUGCAUUCUGUGUUUAUUGUAAAAUGGUUUAUCAUGGUAUAGAACCAUGUAAAGUAGCUUCAACUGAAAAGCAACAAUUAGUUAACGAAUAUCAAGCUGCUUCUAACGAAUUAAAACUUAUAAUGGAGAAGAGAUAUGGUAAAAAUCAACUUCAAAAAUUAGUUGAGAAUACUAUGUCAGAAAAUUGGAUCAAAGUUAAUAGUCAGAAUUGUCCUCAUUGUCGUGCUUCUAUUGAGAAAUCUGACGGUUGCAAUAAAAUGACUUGUUAUAAAUGCCACACGUAUUUCUGUUGGUUGUGUGGAAGAAAAUUAAAUCCUCAAGAACCAUAUUUGCACUACCGUAAUCCGGAAUCACCGUGCUUUAAUAUGUUAUAUCAUGGCUUAAUACUAAAUGAAGAAGAAGAUGAAGAAUAUGAUGAUUUGAUGUUUAAUGAAAUAGUAGAUGACGAUAUUCCAUUUUUUUCUGAUGAUGAAGAGUAUGAAAAUGAUGCUUUAUUCAUUGAUUAUUAAGCUCUAUUUUCUUCUUCUUGUUUUUUUU